GGUCGAGAGCAUGUCUAUUCACGAGGAAUCCCCCUGAUCAUGCGGCGUAACUUUCUGCACAAAUUUAAUUUUUAAAACCAAGGAGACUUUCGUUAUAAGGACCUUUUGAAGUUUUUGCAACAGAGAGAAAACUUUGAUUCAUAUUAUUUCUGCAAAGAUUCCACAUUUUGGAGAAAUUUCAAGAAGAGGACAAUCAUGACCUUCAGUGACUACGUAAAUGACCUUUAUGCAAAAGCAAUAGUUAAAGACGAUCGUACCCAGGACUGGUUACUUGUGUCAUCAAUAUGGCCAACCCUAGCUAUAACUACAACGUACCUUGCUGUGAUAUUGGGUGGUCAAAGGGUAAUGAGGAACAGACAACCAUUCCAACUAAAUAAUUUAAUGAUGUUCUAUAACUUCUGCCUUGUUCUACUGAAUGGUUACAUCUACUUUGAGUUUGUUAUGACAACAUGGUUAAACUGGGAUUUCAGCAAAGUAUGUAUGCCUGUAGAACAUGGAAAAGCGUCCGCAGAUAGACUUGCCGCGGCAUGUUGGUGGUUCACAUUCUCUAAAAGUAUUGAACUCAUAGACACAGUAUUUUUUAUGCUCCGGAAGAAGAAUAAUCAGAUCACAUUUCUACAUCUUUACCAUCAUUUCACGAUGCCAUUGAUUUGGUAUGUGGGCGUUAAAUAUGUCCCAGGGGGAGAAUCAUACUAUUCUGCCAGUAUUAACAGUGGAAUACAUGUACUCAUGUACACAUACUACCUUCUAUCUGCCAUGGGACCUCAUAUGCAGAAAUAUUUAUGGUGGAAACGUUACAUGACUGUUAUGCAACUUAUUCAAUUCUGGGCCAUAUUGUUUCACACAUCAUAUGCCAUCUACAGUGAUUGCGGAUACCCAAACUUGUAUAACUGGGCUCUGAUUUUCUACGACUUUACCCAUAUAGCCUUGUUCUCCAAUUUCUACUACCAAACUUACUCCAAAAAGGCCAAAGAAGCCAGGCUGAAGAAGAUGGAGCAGAAUGGAACAUCCCGUAAGAAUGGACUGGUCCAUGAGCCUUCAGAGGGUAAAAUGCGACUAAGGAGCAGAAAAGAUUGAAUGUAACAAUAAACAAGUAAUGUGAUAAUGAAACUGCCACCCCUUCAUGUGGUAAUAGGUGUGACCUGAUUUUAUUUGUUGCAUACUUGCAGAAAUUUUUUAUUUUUUGCUGAAAGUUUGCGAAAAUUUAACCAUUAUAAGGCUAUUUAUAGAUCUGAAUUUCUAUUUUUAGACUGGAAAUGAGUUAUAAAUAGAUCUUGGUACUUUUUAUACACUUUUUAACAGAAAGUUAUGAAUUUAGCUGAUUACUUAUUAUUUGAACCUAAAGUAAUUGGAGUAUUUUUUUGGAGAUCUUUUUGCUCUUAGAACUACAUGAUUGAAAACACGUCAUAUUGCAAUGUAAAACAACAUAAUUAUUGUCACAAAAAACACCAUGUUGUAAUAUUAUAUAAAACACCUUAUUCGUACUUAAAACACCAUAUUGUGACAGAAAACAUGAUAUUGUAACAGAGAACACUGCGUUAUUACAGAAUAACCAAAUUUUUACCAUAAACAACAUAAUAAUACAGGAAUUCUGUGAUACAUGUAGUUCUAUUUUGGUCCCACUUGUGACUGAAAGAUAAUUCACGGAGGGACACCUGAGGUAUUCCUCUGCUAAGUUGCCGUAUGACUACUAAAGUGUAAGUGACUUUAAAUACAGUCAAAAUACAAGAUUUAUGUGGUUAUCUUUACAUAACAGUCUUAUCAGCUGACAGUUUUAAAACUGAAAUUUGUUUCUUGUGCGCAUUGAUCUUGAGCAAGUUAGCUCUUGACUUUUUUAUUUGUUGUUGAUAAUUAGAUUACAAUCAUGUAGUUUUUAAUUACAUGUAGUAUUUUUUUCAAGUUUGAAUUUUUAAAGAUUUAUUUUUCUCAUUUGAAAGCAUUGCCACUUUAAAUGGAAAAAAAAGGUAGAUUUACUUAUUGAGGACAUCUCUCUGCGGGGAAUAAAAUCAGAUACAUAAUUUAAUGAUCACUGACUUGGAUGCAUGAUUCUAAUAUUAUUUUUUUCUGAGUUAUUCCCCUUUGUAAAGUUUUAAUGGUCAGGUUUGGCAUGCUGGUUUAGCCGAGCAUCCAUUAAAGGUAUUCGCUUAAUGUUUCAGACAUGUUUAAGAAACCAUAACUGUUGGGUUUUUAGCUCACCUGAGCACAAGUGCACAUGGUGAGCUUUUGUGAUCCCUCUCUGUCCGGUGUUUAGUCGUUCAUCGUCAACAAUUUCUUUGACUAAUGGCUAGAUAUUAACCAAACUGCACAGGAAUGAUUCUUGGUUGGUUGGUACGCUAUCAAAGUCAUUCAAAUGAAUAUAGACAAAUUCAUAAUUAGGUAACAGGGUCAUAAAAACAGGUCUUAAGAUGCAAAUUUCAAAAUCUUUCUUGUCUGAGCUUUGGUAUAUCGUACAUGUAUGUAACAUCAUCCGCAGAAUAUUUCUAUUUGAACUAAAAUGUGUUUCAACAUUUGGUAACAAAACAUUUAUAUGGUGUAAGGACUUGUUAAUUUGCAACAAAAUGCCAUUAUGUAACUGGGACUUGCUAGCCAAAGUUUGUUUAGUUCUGGACAAUCACAUGUAGGCAAGUGAUCCAGAAAUGACUCAUUUGGAAAGUGAAGCAUCAUUGCAAAGGUAUCUUUCCAGUUAUCACCUUCAAACUUGAGUUUUCCUUCAUUCUUAAAUAUGGUUCUGUACUAAUUAAGUCUUUAUUCCAAUCUUUCCUCAGACAAAGUAGGUGUAACUCCUACCAAGAGUAGAAACAGGAAUACUUCUUUUGUCACUGUUGAGGACUGUUACCAUACUGGUUCAUAGAUUCUGUUGUUGUACUUGUUACUGGACCAUCGAACGUUGAUGACACCUGAGUCCUUUUCAUAAAGUUACUUCCUUUAUUGAUAGUCUGUUGUAGUGUUGCUUUCUUUGCGUGUUCCACCAGUUUUCAGAGUCUAUUUUUCAAAAAGGAUAAAUUUAUUCACCAAGUUGAAGAAAAAAUUUGUUUGUUAGUGUUUUAAAAUUAUUUUUGACCUUAUUUCUUUUAACUUCAUUACAUGACCAUAAUAAAUAUAUCUAUUUAACCAUAAGUGAGGUUCAUCUUUUAACGGGUCAAAUUUCCCCACUAAAUCAACAUUUGGCCUACCUUUAAUCUGCACUGUCGAGGUUUCUGUUUCCAUGGUUGUGGAUUCUGUUUCUGUACUUGUUACUAGACUUUCUGUUACUGGACCAUCUGAACGUAGAUGUGGCCUAUUAAAGUCUGGAUUCGAAGUUCUUUUUUUAUAGUUACUUCCUUUAUUGAUACAUGUAGUUUAUUGUAGUGUCGUUGUUAUUCUUUUCCUUCUCCACCUGUUCUCAGAGUCUUUUUUUGCACCAGGUUUCAUGUUGUAGUCCUUUUCAUAAAGUUACUUCCUUUAUUGAUAGUCUGUUGUAGUAUUGUUGUUUCCUUUUCCUUCUCCACCAGUUUUCAGAGUCUUUCCUUUUUUCACACCAAGUUUCACAUGCGUAGUUUGGGUACUAAGUUUGUACUAUGGAGAAUUGUUUCACCAUACUAUAUCCCAGUUUUGUCGUUUGAUAUUCAAACUUGAAAAAUGAAGAAAGAAGAAUAAUAAAAUAAGUUUCCAAUGUUUAAUGUUGUUAACAGAAUGGUGUUAUGAAGGGAUGUGUAACAGGGGUUUUUCUUGUCUGUUUGUUUGUUGUGGGAGGGGAACCUUUUGACUAUUUGUAAUACUGUAGAUAUUCAAACUUCUUUUCUUCAGAUUUAUUUUCUUUUAGUUAUUUUCUUAGUGUCUGUUCUUUAUUAAAUAAUAACGCUGUAACAAAAGUUGGUUCAACUAUAUAAAUUUAUUGUCCAAGCAAAGCAUAUAUCUAUCUUUACAAUCAUCACAAUAAUACCAGAAAGAUUUAAUAUUAGGAAAUUAUACUCACUUAUGUCAUACAAAUGAGAGGACAUACAAACUGAAUAGCUAUAUAAAAUUUGUAACUAGAACAUUAAAAUGUAUUUAAAGAUUUUGCUUUGGUUGUCAAGCUUGGUUUCUAUGAUGACAAUAGCAACUUAAAUUUAUUGGGCAGCAAUGAACCAACAUGUUAAAAAACAUAACUUUUUAUAAAUAUAUAAUUGCAUUUAAAAGAAACAUAAAAGGGGUAAUACUAAUCCUAACACUUAAAAGGAUAUUUGUUGAACACAAAAUGUUUAAGAAUAUGCUUGUAAAUAACUUUUAUAAACAUUAUAUACAUCAAACAACAUAAAAAGAAAACAGUAUAUAAUAAAUGAUUCAAAAAUUUAAUGUGAAUACAACAAAAUACAUAAAAAGAAAACACAUAUUAAUUUGUUGUUACAUUAACAUUACCCUUGGCAUUUUUAAUAAUAUCCGUAAAUGCUGCCUCAGACAGAUUAAUUUGAGGAGGAUGUACAGCAUAUGCACUUUCAGACAAUUCAGCAGUUUCAAUUAGUUGGUCUAAACUUAAAGGAGGAUUACGCCUUAAAUCAGCACGAAUAUGUGAAAGUAGCCCACCAUGUAUAGCACUUAAGGUAUUUUCUGCAGAAAUAUUAGCCAAAUUACUCUUUGUUUGUACCUCCUGAACAAAAUCCCUAACUGACUGAUUUACUUUUUGUUUCAUUUGAAAAAUUUCUGACGUUAAUUAAAUUGGGUCUAUUCUUUUAGAAAAUCUUUUAACAAGUUUUCUUUUAAGUCAUCAAAAUUAUGCUUUGUGUCGUCACUUAAAUAGGUGUACCAGUCAAUUGCUACUCUUAUACUUAAAAACAUGCCAAAAAAUUUUGCUAGUAGAUCACUGCUCGUUUCUGUUACAUGUCCUAAAUACUCGUAUCUAGUUAACCAGCUUUUAGGCUCAUUAACAUUAGGUUCAAACUUCCCAAAAUCUAUAUUGAAUUUGAAAGGAGGCCUACCUGUUGAUGUUGGUGCUGAGAAUCCUUCGGUUGACUAUGACGGCUAGAUUUGGUGUCCUUGUCCUGGCUAAAGUUGGCUCUGUAUGGUCUCGCUCAGUGGCUGCUGGUUCACUGUUUACCGGUCCCUUUUGAUCUAAGUUGGUAAUAAUCUGUUGGCACUCUUUUUCAUCCAGUUCCUUGGUAUCAACUUACUCCACCAGUUGUAACAGGGGUUUUUCUUGUCUGUUUGGUUGUUGUGGGAGGGGAACUUUUUUAUUAUUUGUAAUACUGUGUUUAUUGGAACCUUUUUCUAUUUGUAUAACUCAAACUUCUGUUCUUCUCUGGUUUACUUUCUUGAAGUAAUUUUCUUAGUAAUAACGCUGUAACAAAAGUUGGUUCAACUAUAUAAAUUUAUUUCAAGCAAAGCAUAUAUCAAAAUGGACCCUAGGUUUCUUUGGUUCCAUGAUGACCAUAGCAACUUAAUUGGAUAACAAUGAACGAACAUGUUACAAGCAAACAAAUUAAAUUACCUAUAUAGUGUUAACAACCUUUUAUCAAUUUAUAAUUACAUUGAAAAGAAACAUAAAAGGGGUAUUACUAAUUCUUACACUUAAAGGGAUAUUUGUUGAACAAUAUGCUUGUAAAUAAACUUUUAUAAACAUUAUAUACAUCAAACAACAUAAAAAGAAAUAACAGUUCAUAAUAAAUGAUUAAAAGAAUUACUGCCUAUAAAACAAACUACAUAUUAAAAAGAAAACAUAUACAAAAUUGUUGUUACACAGUUCCUUUGAAAUCACUGGAUCAACCUACUCGGGGCUUUCACUGCAUUUUGGUCAUGAUUAUUUCCCCCUAACAACAAAGUUGUAUGGAGGACAUACUGGAAUCAGCUUUUCUGUCUGUUUGGUUUUGCUUGUCUGCCCUGAAUUGGUUAAAAAUCUUUAUGUUUGGUAUGGAGGUUGGUCAUGACCAGUAAAUGAUCCCUUUUCAUUUAGAGGUCAGUAGGUCAAAGUUAAAGGUCACUUGAAUCUUUGCCACUAAAAACAUGUAGAAUAUAUAACUUAGCACUGGCUUACUUCCCGCAGAUUUGGCAGGGAAGUUGUCCUUGAGCUCUAAAUGGCCACUGUUGAUUCUGUCAAAGUGGUAUGUGGGGGUAUUCACGCCAUGACAGUGGCAGUUCUAGUUCAUUCUCACUGGAUCAACCUAUUCCACCAGAUGUAACAGGGGUUUACAUUCUGCCAGUUGUUGUUUUGGGGAACUAUUAAUUUUUUGUAUCUAUGUAUUGUCUUUCUUCUUCAAUUUUCUAUAUGUAAUUUUUUCCAGGGUCCGUCCUUUUACCAAAUAAUAAUACUGUGUGAACUGUUAUUCUUUUCCCCAAAAAUAUAAAACAUACAAUUAUUAAUUCUGUACAAAUAUACAAAGAUUUAACAUCAGGGACUUAACUUGCUCUUCAAAGGGUAUUUGUUUAAACACAGAAAAUAUAGCAUUAUAUGUUUAAAAGCAAAAUAAUAAAGUACAUGUAUUAAUAUAUAGGUAAUGUUUUAUAAUUCUAUUUUUUGUUUACAAAAUAUAUAUACACAUAUUAAAAAACAACAAAUGUGUUAAAAAUCCUUGUUACAUUGGCUUAAAGCAUUGUCCCGUUAUCCUGUCCCAAGAUGCUGUCUUCAGGUGAGCGAUUUGGGGUCACUGGCCCUCUUGUUUACAGAAUUAUUCCCUUCUUUAUAAACUUGGAAAAUUCAUUUCCAAUAUCAUGCAAGACCUGUCUUGUAAGUCAUUGACAAAGACCUUUAACUCUAACACAGAUUUUUGCAUAAUUUUUACUGAUUUAUUCCCCUUUGUGAAUUUUUAUAUGUUGAAUAUUGUGUUACAAUGAUGAUAACCUUGUUUACAACAUCAUUGUAACUUCAAUAUCAUAUUUUACAUUUUCUCUCAUUAAUUUUCGUAUCUUUAUCAUGUAUAUUAUUUUUCUUUGUAUAUUCUUUGUUAUUAAAAAUGUGUCAAAAUUUCAGCUUAAAUCUUGUCAUAAUGAGAGCUGUUAAUAUAAUUAUAUAAAGACCUAUGCCGUAAAAAGUAUAUUUUGAUACUAAUUUACUAUUAACAUUUAAUGGACUAUUCCAAAUUAAAAAUGGGUAAGUUCAUUAUAUUCAACAGGGUAUAUGUUAGCUAUUAAAGGUUCUCAGGACAAGUCAACUAAUCAAAAGCAUAUCAUACCUGGUCUGUUCAGGCUGUAUUGUCACUGCAUAUUAGUAAUUCUGAUAUUGUGGCCACAUACCCUUAGAUUUUAAUAUUUUUUUGUUCUAUUCAUUCUUUACUAAAAAUCAGUAUUUUUUUUUCUUACAUCAAAUUUUUGAUAAUCUUUGGUUCUUUUUUCUUUCUGUUUUGUACUUAUUUCUUAUUUCAGUUUUAUUUGUAAGUUUUAUUUUUCAUGUUGCAAUUGCUGUGAGAUUUUAUUGUGUGAUAUUUUUUACCUCAUUAAUUUUGUAAGUUGAUAUACUAAUGUACAUGUACUUUUACCAUAUGCUCAAAUUUCUUGAAGUGUAUUCUGAUUUCACCUUGCAACUGCCACACAGGAUUUUGUCACACAAAAAGAGGACUGUAUGUGGGGAACUUAUAUCAAAACAGUAUUCACUAUUUGAAAGUACACUUAUAUGUGAUUUUAGAUAGAGCUUUGUUUUGUUUUUUUACUCCAUGUGUAGAUCAUAUUAUGUUUUGUCCACAUGCAUGAUAAGAUUUGGAUUGGUUUUAGCCAAUCUCUUACACAUAAUCUCAUCACCAUAAUACAGAUAUUUGAGGGAGGGGCUUCUAGGGGCACCAUUUAAACAGGGAUAUAGGACUAUAUAUGUUUAAAAUAACGUUUUUAUUUUAUAAAGUAAGGAAAAUUAAUGUAUUUUAUCUCUACCUUUUUAAGAUUAUCAAAAAGAAAAUGUGGAAAACAUAAAACUUUGUCAUAUGGAUGUUUUAUAAAUCAUGUGAAAAUUUUAGUAUUUAAUUCUUGAUGUGAGAAUUAUUAGGGUUGUACAGUGUCUUUGGGAAAUCAUUGAAUCAUUGUAAAUUCUGUCAUCUAUUUAUAAAAUCUUUUGAGUGCUGUUUUGUAAAUGAGAGAUAUAGCAUGUGUGUUUGUAUUUUUCUUUUUUGAUUUUGAUUUUACUUUUUAGGGAUGUUAAUGACUUUAUUUUUAGACUGGGUAGAUCCUCUUGUCCAAUUUUAGAAGUUUGGAUAACAAAAAAAAACAACACUUUUUACAUAUGACUGUAUAAUUUUGCUGAAUUUUUUACAUAGAUUUGGUUAAAAUAAUGUUACGCUUAAUUUUAUAUAGCUAAAGAAACUUCAGUGAACUGGUUUAAUAGUACUGCUAGACCUGUUUACUGUCGCACUGCGUCAAAAUAAACGCAGCAUAUAAAUUAAAAGUUAAAAAUAGUUAAAAUAGUAUAUAAAUAGUUUUAUUACUAAGAUGUUUCCAAGAAACCAUUUUCAAAAUUACUUCAUGUAUAAGAGGAUGGAUAAAUGUUGAAUAUAUAUACAUGUAUAUAUAUAUUGAAAUACUGGUAAAUGAUUUAUAUGUUACAUUUCCGUACCAUCUGUGAUAGAUUAUGCAAGCAAAAAUGUUAUUUUAGAUCAGUUUGUAUCAUAUGAGCCGCGUCAAGACAAAACCAACAUAGUGCGUUUGCGACCAGCAUGGAUCCAGACCAGCCUGCGCAUCCGCGCAGUCUGAUCAGGAUCCAUGCUGUUCGCUAUCAGUUUCCCUACAUGUUAUAGGGUUUGUAAGCAAACAGCAUGGAUCCUGAUCAGACUGCGCAGGCUGGUCUGGAUCCAUGCUGGUCGCAAACCCAUUAUGUUGGUUUUGUCAUGACACGGCUCAAAUGUUAUUGUAGAUCAAUAUGUAUCAUGUAUAUUUAUUUACUAUUUUCAUAUUCAUUACACCAAAGUGUUUAUUACCAUUGGAAUUAAUUCUGGCAUAAUUUAUAAACAGGAAAGCAAUCAUUUUUGUUUCUAUUUUUUUGGAAAUAUAUUAAUGUUUUUUCUAAUAUAUAACUUCAUAAGGUACAUUUCUCUGACCAUUUACUUAUAUUUAUAUUUUAAUGUGAUAAGAACAAAUGUGUAUAUGUCACGUUAUUUAUUUACAUAUUUUUGCCUUAUUAUUAAAUUUAUUUUCUUAUCUCCCCUUUUGGGCUGCAUUUUGUGAUGAUUUUAUAUAACAUAUAAAUUGUACUGUACUUUUUAUAAUAAAAAUGAGAAGUAAUAAAUUGUUUAUAUGCUCAAA